AUGGCGUCCUCAUCAUUGCAGUUUGCCUACCGAACCCAGAAGGGCAUCGGCCUGUUUGAUGCUGCCCCGGCCUACCAGCCGCUCGCUGGGUUCAACAAGCCCGAAGGGAAUCUCCGGUGUUGUGCAUACUCGCCCUGCGGCCGCUACUUUGCCUGGGCCAGCCCCGAUGUCGUCACUGUGGUAGACGCCUCCAGCGGCCAGCAGGUUCUCGCCCUCCCCAUCCUCAACGUCUACGAGCUCGGCUUCUCUCCUCUCGGCACCUUCAUCGUCACCUGGGAGCGCCCCGCCAAGGACGAGAAUGGAGACGCGACCAAGAACUUGAAGGUCUGGCGCACCGUCGAGGACGGUGUUGCCGUUACCGACAAGGCCCCGCUGGGCAAGUACGUCCAGAAAUCUCAGGGAGGCUGGAACCUUCAGUACACAGCCGACGAGAAGUUCUGUGCUCGCCUUGUCACCAACGAAGUUCAGUUUUACGAGAGUCACGAUCUCGGAAAAGUUUGGAACAAGCUGAGAGUCGAGGGCGUUGCCGAUUUUGCUCUGGCUCCCGGCCGCUCUCACUCUGUUGCAGUCUUCGUCCCCGAGCGCAAGGGACAACCCGCCGCUAUCAAGGUCUUCAACGUUCCCCAGUUCAACGCUCCCAUCUCCCAAAAGACCUUCUUCAAGGGCGACAAGGUCCAGCUGAAGUGGAACAACCUGGGCACCGGCAUCCUCGUGCUGGCCCAGACCGAUGUCGACAAGUCCAACAAGAGCUACUACGGCGAGACCACGCUGUACCUGCUCAGCGUGAACGGUUCCUUCGACGCCCGCGUCAGCCUGGAUAAGGAGGGUCCCAUCCACGAUGUCACUUGGUCCCCGAACUCGAAGGAGUUUGGUGUCGUCUACGGAUACAUGCCCGCCAAGGCCACCAUCUUCAACCACCGAGCUGUCGCGACUCACUCGUUCCCCCUCGGCCCCCGCAACACCAUCAUCUUCUCGCCCACCGGUCGGUUCGCGUUGGUUGCUGGCUUCGGUAAUCUGGCUGGCCAGAUUGAUGUUUACGAUCUCGAGAAGGAUUUCCGCAAGCUGCACACCAUCGAGAGCGGAAACCCAAGCGUCUGCACCUGGAGCCCGGACAGUCGUUAUAUCAUGACGGCCACCACGUCUCCUCGUCUUCGCGUCGACAACGGCAUCAAGCUUUGGCACGUCAGCGGGCCCCUCAUGUACAAUGAGGACAUGGUUGAGCUUUACAACGUUCUCUGGAGACCUCAGGCGCCUGAGAAGGUGGCCGGAGGAGACCCUCUGAACCCUGUUCCCACCCCGCAUGCGUCGGCGACCACGUACCUUGGCACUGUCAAGACUCCCAGCAAGCCCGCGGGAGCUUACCGUCCCCCCGGUGCUCGCGGUCUUGCCACGCCUCUCCACUUCAAGCGUGAGGACGAGGGAGGUGCCGCUCACGUCAGCAUGAACAACGGCUCGGCGCCCAUUGGACCUAACGGGUUCGGCCGCCCCCGCCGUGGUGUGCCUGGCGCCGAGUUCGCCGUCCCCGGUGCCGCCCCCAAGGUUCCCGGAGCUGAAAAUGCCGAUGGCGAUGAGAACUUGUCAAAGGCGGCUCUGAAGAACAAGAAGAAGCGCAACAACAAGAAGAAGGACACCGAGGCCAACCCCGAAGGCCAGAACGGCGGCGGCGCGUCUCUCGCCCCGCCCCCGCGCGACUUCGGGGGAUCGGGUCACGAGAGCCGCAGCCCCGAGCGUCGCGGUGGCAGAGAUAACCACCGACACCGCAGCCACUCUCGCAACCCGGGUGCGCCUCGUAACAGGAGCAACACUCACCGAGGCCAGAAUGGCGCGCCGCAGGUGCCUAACGCGCACGCUCAGCAGGCCGCCCCCGCGGCCAACAACGCCGGUGCCGACUCCAACCCCAACGCGAAGAAGGUUCGCAGCUUGCAGAAGAAGGUGCGAGCCAUUGAGGACCUCGAGAUGAGACUUGCCGGAGGCGAGAAGCUCGAGGACACCCAAAUGAAGAAGAUUGCCACCAAGACUUCCGUUAUGAAGGAGCUGGAGGGUCUCGAGAAGGAGGGCCACUAA